AUGGAAACUGUCAGUGUGGUCUUGUCCAAUGUCCUCCUCUUCUUUCUUAUCUUUGGACUGUCGGCGACUGUGGAUAUCCGCAAUUUGAGGCGCCAACUCAACAACAAGUUCGCUAUUGGCACAGGGGUAGCUAUGCAGUUUGUCAUUAUGCCCUUUCUGGGUUUCUUGGUUGUCUUAUCUCUCCAGAACUAUGGACUCACCCAAGCUAUGGGGAUCACACUCUUGGUAGUCACCAGUAGUCCUGGUGGAAGCUACAGCAACUGGUUCUGUAGCACAUUCAAUGCCGACCUAGCAUUGUCCGUCACCAUGACGUCAAUUUCUUCCUUGUUGAGCGCAGGAUUAUUACCCGCCAACCUCCUCCUAUACACCUACUUGGCAUACGCCAGCAACGAUGGAAUUGUCCAAUCUCUCGACUUCAAGGCCAUUUUCAUCACUCUUGCUGUCGUCAUGGCGGCGAUCUUCUCCGGGUUAGCUGCUGGAUACCGAUACGACACACAAUCCUUCCAUGUCAACGCCAAUCGACUCGGAUCCGUUUCGGGAAUAUUGCUCAUCGUGGUCUCUUUCUUUCUGUCCAAUGAUUCCAGCGGAAACGAAAAGACAUCCCUGUGGACUCAUGACUGGCAGUUUUACCUCGGUGUGGCUGCUCCAUGUGUCAUUGGAAUUGUCAUUGCCAACAUCGUCGCACGCCUGUGCUUCCGACUCUCGCCCCCUGAAGUCGUCACACUCUCUAUCGAAUGCGCCUACCAAAACAUUUCCAUUGCUACCUCAGUCGCCGUCACCAUGUUCACAGGCAAAGAACGAGCACAAGCCGUGGCGGUGCCCCUCUUCUACGGGAUUGUCGAGGCGGUUGCCAUUGGAUUCUACUGCUUGUGGGCAUGGAAAAUGGGAUGGACAAAGGCACCUGCCAAUGAAAACUUUUGUGUCAUCGUCUCAAAAACAUACGAAGUAGAUGAUACGGAUGGCGAGGAGGGCGAAGUGGAAGAUCAACUCGGCGAAAUGGAGGACACGGAAAGGGGCGACAUUGCAUUCUCAGCAGAUAAAAAGUAUCCCAAUCGCUGUCGAUUGGUCAGUGAAGACAACACCACCUGUACUUGUUCGUCACACACGACGACUACGACUCUGCCAAUGACUCCUGCCACCGUCAUCACCACUUCUACUACUACAACCAGCAACGCAGACACGGAUGCUCUCAGUGAUACUAUCACCACGAGUCACUCCUUGGAGGGAAAGAACCUCAGUCAAGACUUCAGUGCCGUUAUGCACGGAUAG